GCACGUCUGCAGAGCAUGCGUCCGGAUUUUGGCAUAGUCCCGGCAAUUCUUAGCUGCAGUUGGUUAGAGGAACUCUCACAGUCUUUUGUAGCUGUUGCACUUACGAAGUUUCCGAUUCAGUGGGUCCCUGCGCUGAAUGCUGGCAACAGAAGCACACACAGUAGCUGGGGUCAUGAAAAACAUCAUCUCCGAUUGCAUCAUCAAUCCCAACAUAGCAAUAGUUUUGAAAAGCAUAGCCUUUGAGUUGAGAUGUUUCUCCUUCUCUGCGUUAGCUUUCCUAUUACAUCUUUGUGCAAUUGAAGAGACUUGCCUAAAUAUUUGGUUGGCUUACAGCAGGUAUGUUCUUGGAAUGACUUGCAAUUGCAGUGCG